UACUAAUAUAUGAAGUUAAAUAAACGUAUCCCUACCGAGGCAGUACACGAAAUAAAGUAUAGUUUGAUUUCGUAAGUAAAUGACCAUAGACGAAGAAAUAAAAUUCAUCAAACGGACAUGUGUUUCUUGCGUCAUAAAAACACGUUCAGGAUUACCAAGACGUCAAAUAGUUCACGGAUCACUCUAACUUGAGUUAUCCGUACACUACUAUAAACUGUAUCUUAUUAUGAAAGUAGGGCAAGAAGAGCAUUCAUUCAGGAAAUAGUUAUAUUUGUUACAAAUAACACUUUUCCAUAAAAAAGAACGAUAAUAGUGAUUUUACAAACGAUUUGAAACUGUGAUUCGGAGAGUGUGUCUCAAACUGUGAUUCGGAGAGUGUGUUUCAAACUGAGAUUCAAGACGCCAGUCAGUAUACGACCAAUUAUGCUGAAAUAAAUUGUUAUUAAUAUGUAAAACUUCAAUAAAUAUUUAACCAUUCGGUUGAGUGGUACCAAAACUGCGAUAACUACUUACAAAUCCGUGGGAGGUUAUUAUAGAACAGGUAUUUAACGGUAAUGAUGAGGAUUCAUUUUGCUCUUUGGUUCUAUCUAUUGAAAUGCUCUUUGGGAGCAUUAUCGCCAGAAUGCGCAGAAGUUUGUAGUUGUUGCAAAAAUGAUAGUUUUUGUAAUGCUGAGGAUUCAAACAAUGUCUGCGUAGGUAGUUGUGUUGAUACGGUCUGGGGUCAUAGAUGCCAUCACCGCUGUAUGAACAACUGUCAAGUAUGUUCACAAGCGCAUGGUGACAUUUGUUAUGUGUGCAAGGACACUUUUUAUGAUAAGGUUGCCCACUGCAACAAGAGCUGCUCCGUUGGUUGUGUCGGUGGCAAUUGUCAUGACGACGGAUCUUGUAUAUGUUUGGACAAUUUUGAAGGCGUUAAAUGUGAUAACUGCACUAUUGGGAAGUACGGCGAAAAUUGUACAAACGUUUGCAUAACUCCUAACUGUCGAUGUUCCGAACAAUAUAAAUGUGAGUCAUGCAAAGUGGGGCACUACGGCUCUAUCUGUGAACACGAAUGUUCUACUGGUUGUCUAAACGACGGAUGUUUAAAAAACUCCGGGGAUUGCAAUAACGGAUGCAUCUUAAAUCACUACGGAUCCAGAUGUGAGAACGAAUGUCCUCAAACGUGCAAGCCAUCCGAUUUAAGCUUGAGGUGCAACGGAACGGGGAAAUGCUUAAACGGGUGCAUUGACGGUUAUUCGGGGAACAAAUGUGAUUCAUAUACGACGGAAUUAUUAUCCCAGUCCGGACCUGCACAAGGCCUUACCACCGGUGUUGGUGUCGGAGGUUUCCUUGCUGGCGUGAUUGUUGCCAUUGUCGUUGUAGUUAUCCUAUUAAGACGCAGAACUGCUGGUGAAAAUGCAACUGAGAGACAAAACCCGUCUAUAAAUUUGUCAACAAUAGAAGUUCAAGAUGAUUCUAGGGUCGUUGGCAUUUACGCGACUCCGGUAGAGGGCGACCAAGCAGAGCACAAGUAUGAUCCCUUACGGUUUCCAUCGAAUGGACAAAGCAAGGACAACGAUAUGAACGAUAUUAAAUACGUCCAUGUAUAUAAUAAUCAGUGACAUAUUUGUAUAAAAUGCUUUCAUCGUAACACUUGAUAAAACGUUUUCAACGUAAAUGUUUAGACGUGCUAAUUGGUCUCGAAUAAUGUUGCCAUCUUAUCUGUAUAUCAAGGCACAUAUCAUACGAUCGCUUCCAUUCGAAUUCAUAUAUCUUAGCAGUAAUACUAUACAUUUAGGCAAAGUGUAUAUGUUUUGCAAGUGAAUUGUGACACCCUCUUUAUUAUAAACUGAACUUUUGAUCUUAUGAUAUUUUGUCGUACGUUCGUUGAUAAGAAGACCCCAACGCCCCCCCCCCCCCCAAAAAAAAAUAAAAUAAAAAUAAUAAUAAUAAAAAAUGUAACAAGUCAGACGACACCGAAUAUCUAGUUCAAUUAAUUGUUAAUUUGUUUUGUUCUUUUCCAAACCUUUCAUAUAAUCUCCAUAAUACAUAUUAGUAUGACCAUGUACAAUUUAUAGAAGGUAUUUGUUGAUUUCAGUGUAAGGUCGUACUUAAAUUUUGAUUAAUAUACUUUCCUAACAACCUAUAUUUUCGGUGUUUUCUAAGCCACUACCCGUGGGAAUCAAGAUAUCAAAGGAAAAUACCAAAUUGAUAUUAACACUGUUGUUAUUUCACUGACUAAACUCCAUGUUUUUAUCGAAAAACAUGAACAAAGACAUUUAAUGGUGUUUAUUGAUAUUUGAAACUUUAUGGUUAACGAAUAAAAAUCAUUUCUAUCCGUCAGUCUGUUUGUCUCUCAAAAACAACUGCGAUUGUUGACUUAAACUAGGAAAGAGUGCAUUGCCCAGUGUUGAGCCCAUCUGCGUAGCAAUCAAU